GAUAAUAUUUCAAAGUUAAUGGACAGGGGAGACAAUUUAAAUGACUUGCAAGCAAGAACAGAGUCGUUGAGUGAUCAUGCUGUUAAUUUCAAUUUCACUGCUCGAAGAUUGAAGAGGAAAGUUUGUUGGAAGAAUGUUAAGCUUUGGUUUGUUCUCUUGUUCAUAUUAAUGGUGAUACUAGCAGUACUGAUCAUUGCAUUAGUGGCUGCUGUCCAGAAAAAUAAAAAUAAGAACUGAUUUAUUAUUAUUGUUGUCAUGUUAAUUACUGUGACUUUUAUAAUAAAU